AUGGCUUCCCAAGUGUGUCAGAACUACCACAAAGACUGUGAGGAUGAUGUCAACAAGCAGAUUAACAUUCUUUAUGUUUAUCUCUCCAUGUCCUUUUACUUUGCCCUGCAACACUUUUCAGGAUAGUCCAAUGAGGAACGGAAGCACACUGAGAAACUGAUGGAAUUCCUGAAUCUGUGUGGAGGACGGAGCUUGCUGGAGGACAUCAAGAAGCCAGAGCAGGAUGAGUGGAGCAAUGGCCUGGAGGCAAUGCAGAGAGCUCUGCAGAUGGAGAAGGACGUGAACCAGAGUAUGCUGGAUCUGCACAAAAUCCCCACACAGCACACCGACCCUCAUCUGUGUGACUUCCUGAAGAGGCACUAUUUGGACGAGCAAGUGAAGAUGAUCAAGAAGCUUGGAGAUCACAUCACCAAGCUGAAGAGAUUGGGAGCCCCUGAGAAUGGCCUGGGAGAGUACCUGUUUGACAAGUUCUCCCUAGUGGAAAGGGAAUAG